AUGGGGGGUGCCGGGGACAUGGACCUUAUUAUGUUGAGUCCGGAUGCAAGAUCAACAGCUUGGGUUUCAUUCGACGGCCGAAAUCAACAGGAGUUGUGUGCAGAUGAUAGCUUACAAGUAACUACAUCUAUAUAUUCGUUACCAUCAAUAUGUGCUCAAGACCAAAUAUCUGAUUGGUUUGAUUCAUUGGCUGAAUGUCUACAUUGGAAUGUGCGAAAACGACAGAAGCAUUUUGAGGAAUUAUCUGAUCUGGCGCAUUGCAAGUAUGAGGAUUCACUAAAUUCAACGUCGAAAGACAGUUUAUUAGUUACGGACUAG